UCUUUUCUCGCGCCGCCUACACCUACAUUGAUCCCUCCGGCGGACUCAGAGCUGCAAAGGCAGCUCGCAUUCACGACGUCUUCCACAAAGAAAAGAAAGCUCUCUCCGCAGCAUAUUACAGGCCCGCCUUCCAGUAACAAUCCUGAUAUCCCACUGAACUCGGUUGAGGAUUGCGACUCCGUAUCCCCCCACGAUCUUCCUCGAUUUGAGAUCCCCAACCCAAGCUCCUCGGAUAUAAAUCUCCCUCCCCACAUCCCCCAGCAUCUGCAGAACCCCUCAGCACCCUCUGCGGGCGACUGUGUGUCUUCGGCGGCGAGUUCGCCCACUGACUCCUACGCUAAACUUUCUAUUGAAGCCGAACGAGGCGGAGAUUCCUCAGCUGCGGACACCCAACGAGCCUCUCUCGCACCUACCGAGCAAGAUUCAAUCAAGAGCCAGUCUACCCUGAAGUCCUUUUCACAUAGGGCUAUUAUGGGAGGAGCCGCAGAUGCCCCACAGAGGUCUUCGUCGCCACUAAAGAGACGUGCAUCAAACCUAGAGGACUCCGAUGUACCUUCAAGCCAGAAGGAUGAUGUCGAUAUGAUCUCCGCCCCCCUAUCCGACCCAUCGGAGCCUACAAACCCCUCAGAAUUAAACACCACACACCAACGAGCACAGUCUGUGGAUAUGUUAAAGAAUACUGGACCAGAGCCAGCCAAUGACCCUGUGUUGCAAACACAGAACAUGGAGGUGGAGCAGGAACAAAGUACGGCGCCUCCUGUAGCAGACCCCCAAAAUGAGACACCUUCCAUCGACGUCCAGAUUAAGACUGUGACAACAUUGUGCGAAGCAGCUAUGCAACACGUACCCCAAGAAAAUGAUAUGAUGUACGUUGUGUCUCACCGUUGGCUUCAACGUGUACAGGACCGUGGUUCGGAGGCUAGACAGAAGAGCAAAGUUGAGCCAGAAGGCGAAGUAGGGCCGAUCGACAAUUCAGAUAUUAUCCAAGAUAUCGUAACGGACUCCGAUGGGAAGGAAUUUGUUCGACUCAAGCAUGGUUUAGGGCUGGAAUCGUUUGCCUUUUUCCCUGAAGAGGCAUGGAAUCUCGUCGUCUCAUGGUAUACGCUCAUGCCCGGUUCUCGACCGAUUCAACGCAUUGCCCAUAACACAAACCCCGAUAAGAAUGGGUUGCCGAAUACGCAAUAUGAAUUACACCCCCCGGUUUUCACCAUACACCGCUUGUAUUCAGAUAACAAUCCGAUUUUAGUCCCGCAAAAGCUGAAGGUCUCAAAUCCACCACCACUCACAUAUGUCCUAAGUAGGUCUACAAGAUACUACGACUUCCUGAAGAAAAUUAAGGAGCAAUCACAGAUAGAUCUUUCGAAGAAAGUGCGAGUUUGGCGAGUUCCAAGGCUGUUGCCUGCUGCAGAACCGGUAGCCCCCACAGCAAACACUGUAACGCCUCCUUCAUCACGGCCUAGCUCACCAGCACCAAAUCCAACUUCUCAAUCCCGUGAACCACAGGACUCAUGGAAGCAUCUUCUGCUCCCAGUUUCGACUUUCUUGGAGCUAGAGAAGGGCAGCAGAAGGGAACUCGUCAACGAGGAACGCGGUGAUAUCACCCUGCAGAAGAAUUACAAUGGUUCAAGUGAUCUGUCGAUGACCUCCCUCGGAGACAGCCAACAUAUUGUCCUAGAUGAGACUGUAGAUGGCAAUAACUAUGUGUCUAACUAUACCUCCAAGAGCGGGAAAUCCACCGCAGCUCUUACCAGGACUGGAAUGUCUCAAAGCCAGCCAAACAGCGGCAGAAAUAGCCCCGCUCCCUUAGGUCCAAUGACCCGUGGCCGUACACAAAAGCCUGGAAAAGUGCUCGGGACAGUUGGUUUGAGUAAUCUUGGAAACACUUGUUACAUGAAUUCCGCCCUCCAGUGCGUUCGUAGUGUGGAAGAAUUAACCAAGUACUUCUUGUCUGGUGCGGCUGCUAACGAGCUCAACUUUGAGAAUCCUUUGGGAAAUAACGGUCAAGUCGCGGAGGCUUACGCACGAUUAUUGGCUGAGAUCUAUAAGGAGCCAGUCCCAACGUCCGUUACCCCACGGAACUUCAAGAAUAUCAUUGGUAAAUACGCGCCAUCAUUCUCUGGUUAUGGACAACAAGAUUCACAAGAAUUCCUCGGGUUUCUGCUGGACGGACUUCAAGAGGAUUUGAGCCGAGUGAAAAAGAAGCCCUACAUCGAGAAGCCGGAUUCGACCGAUGAGAUGGUCAACAAUCCUGAAGCUAUUCGAGAAAUGGCCGCCAAGGUCUGGGAUAUCACCAAGAAGCGAGAUGAUUCAGUAAUCGCAGAUCUUUUUACUGGCAUGUACAAGUCAACCCUCGUUUGCCCUGUCUGCUCCAAGGUUAGCAUCACUUUCGAUCCUUUCAACAAUCUCACCCUGCAAUUGCCUAUUGAGAAUGCUUGGCGCCACACUGUCUUAUACUUCCCUCUGAACGAAAGACCACACAAGAUACACGUCGACAUGGACAAACAAGGUAGCAUCUUAGCACUGAAGCAAUUUGUCAGCAAACGAGUAGAUAUUCCAGUCGAAAGAUUGUUCGUUACGGAAGAAUUCAAAGGCAAAUUUUACAAGAUACAUGACGACAACGUUGUCGCCUCUGAAGAAAUUCAAAACAACGACGUAUGCGUUAUCUACGAACUGGAAGCUAAGCCAACCAACUGGCCUCCUGUAUUUAAGCCGAAGACGAAGUCGAUGGUGCUCUCUUACGGCCACAAUGACUCGGAUGAGGAAGAUGCACUCGGCUGGCAAGAUCCUGCAGCGGAGAAGAUGCUUGUUCCCGUCUUUCACCGUAAACCAAACCCGGAAAGAGCGAAAUGGCGGAAACCUUGGCUUCUUUCAGACUUUCCCCAUUUCAUCAUGGUCACCCCUGAAGAGGCUAGAAGCGAAGAUGUGAUUAAGCGCAAGAUUCUCGAGAAAGUCGCGACAUUCAGUUCCCAUUCACUCUUCCAUAGUGAUGAUGAAGCCAGUGAUAGCCUGGCAGACAGUAUUGAUCCAGAUAUUGUCCUUACCACAGGUUCCGAUGCCGACUCUUCUGGUGACAGUAAAGUCGUGGCAACUUCGAUUGAUGGCGAGGAUGGACUGGUAGAUGUGACCAUGAAGGGGACCAAUGGAGUGUCUGAUUCAAAAGAAAAUAGCGUCAAAUCUGCAAAGCCAGUCGAGAAAGAGAAGUCCUUGUUUCCCCUCAAGAGAUUCAACAACCGCCGACCAAAGUUCCUUGCUCCAGGGUCAUUCCUCGAGCCAGAACUCCAAAAUCUGUUCACCCUCGGGUAUUUCUCAACCCCAAAUGAGCCAAUUCCAACUGGCUGGAACCCGGUUGAUGAAGAGAAGACAUACCCUACGCUUUCGUCUAGAAUGCCGGAGCCUCGUGACAUGCGCGACGGCUCUUCGGACAGCUUUGGAGACGGUCACACAGGAUCGGACAGCGAUGAAGCUGAUAGCUUUCAACGUCGUGGCGGUGGUUUUACGGAACAAACGCGGAUGAACGAUGAAUCAAGCGAAGAGGAUGAACUUGCAGCCGCACCUACAGUACCCAGAGCUCUUCCCGUCCGACCAGCAGCACCAAAAUAUGGGGCUAGAGUAGGUCCCAAGAAGCGUCGCCCCCGUAACAUCAAGACUUACUCAAAAAAGGGCAAUCAGCAACGGAAGUUCCACGAACUUAAUGCUGCUUUUGAGCAGGAUACCCCAGAUGAGGGUCCUCUUAUACGCCUCGGUGAAGGAAUCGUUGUCGAUUGGGACGAAAACGCUUAUACACAAAUAUACGACGGCGACAAACGGGAAGACGAUGACCGAGGCUGUAAUUUGGUUAGGGACAUGCCUUCUCUUGAGGACCCAAUCCUUGAAACAAAGCAAAAAACUCGUGAACAGCGACGGAGGCACGGUAUUACUCUCGAUGAUUGUCUGAAUGAGUUUGGCAAGGAGGAGAUUCUCUCGGAAGCGGACACCUGGUAUUGCCCUCGUUGUAAAGAACACCGAAGAGCGAGCAAAAAGUUCGAACUUUGGAAAACUCCAGAUGUUCUGGUCAUGCACCUGAAGCGUUUCAGCUCGAGUGGAUGGCGACGAGACAAGCUCGACGUUAUGGUGGACUUCCCGAUAGAAGGCCUCGAUCUAAGUUCACGCGUGGUUGAGACACAAGAAGGCAAGCAAGAAAUCUAUGACUUGUUUGCUGUUGACGAUCAUUGGGGUGGUCUUGGCGGCGGACAUUACACUGCAUUCGCCAAGAAUUACACCGAUGGCGAGUGGUAUGAAUACAAUGACUCGUCUGUCUCUAAGACGAAGGAUCCCUCACGCGUUGUUACUCAGAGUGCAUAUCUACUAUUCUAUCGACGACGAUCUGAGGUCCCGCUUGGUGGGACCAGAAUCCAACAGAUUGUUCAAGACUUUGACAACCCCCCUGAAUCCGGAGAAGAUGAUAUCACCGAGUCGGGGGAAGAACAAGGCCCCGUCGGAAGUACCUUUCGUGGGUCGUCGGGGCCCUUGACAGGAGUAGGAGCAACUCACCAUCGACCAAAUCCUGGUUCGGCUAGCACGGAUAGUAUGACAGUCAAUCCGUCGGCGCUUGAGAACUUGCCUGCAUAUGAAGCCCACGAAAAGAACGACGAGGACGCCGCCCCACUACUCGUCAGCGAUGCUGUUAUGAACGACGGCUUGCAAGACAGCAUUGAGGAUGAGGAUGAAGGUAUUGACAUGGGGGAUACGGGGUUCAAUUACACCAACACGGGACCAUACGACCAUCUAGGUUCAGACAUGCAUUCAGAAUUACCAGCCAGUGGUCUCGGACAAGCAUGGAACUUCGGUAACUUGCCAGGCAAUUCUCGUGGUGGCCAAAUAGUCUCUGGUACCGGUUCCGAUAUUGACGAUGCUGCGAGUGACGUCGUACAAAAUAAUUCCUCGGCAAGUGCGGACUCGAUACAGGGGCGCCUGGACGACUUCAGUAGCGCGAUUCCAGAUGAGGACUUUGUCGAUCAAAGCCCGGUUCCUGAUAUUGACGACGCUGCCCAGUUGGGCGCUAUCGGCUUACACAGGGAGUUGCUGGCACACCAUGCGAAGAACGACUUUUCACCAACAAAUUUUGAUUUCAGGGCUGAUGAAACCGACGAAGUCGAAGAACCGGCCACUGAAAUCCAUGUCGAGGAAGGAGAGGGUUUGGAACCAGCAUCGAAGACGGGCUGA